CAACUUUGUUGUCAUGCUCGGCUUUGAGGGUGAAUUCACGCCGGUGAAUGGACGUUCAUGUUGAAACACAAACAAACAAAGAUAUAAACACACUCCACACACUGUGAACGGUCUUCUGCGCUGUCACUGCUCCGUUCAGCCAUGUUCCACAACAGCUCACAGAGGAAAUACUGGAUCUUCAGGAGUGAGGACGAGCUCGAGAACAUGCGACGCAGCGCGAACCAGAAAUUCCGCAACAAGAUACUGGACAGUGGGAAGAGUGCAGUGAGUGAAUCCAUGUUCCUCGAGCGCCAUGAGGAAGACGUCCUAUUUAAACACUAUGAGCGGAGGCUGCUGGACUUCUGCAACGCUUUUAAGCCUGUCAUGCCCAAGUCUGUGGUGGGUACAGCCAUGAUGUACUUCAGAAGAUUCUACUUGAGUAACUCCAUCAUGGAGUACCAUCCUCGCAUUAUCAUGCUCACGUGUGCGUACCUGUCCUGUAAGGUGGACGAGUUCAACGUGUCCUGCACUCAGUUUGUGGGCAACCUCCUGCAGGAGACCCCGGCAGGUCAGGAGAGGGUCCUGGAGCAGAUCCUGGAGUUUGAGCUGCUGCUAAUCCAACAGCUCAAUUUCCACCUGGUGGUCCACAACCCCUACAGACCCAUGGAGGGUCUGCUCAUCGACCUCAAGACCAGAUACCCCAUGCUGGAGAGCCCAGAGUCUCUGAGGAGGAGUGCAGACGACUUCCUGACGCAGGCGUCCAUGACGGACGCUGGGCUGCUGUUUCCACCCUCCCAGAUCGCACUGACGGCUAUUGUGAACAGCGCUUCACGAGCCGGGCUUCACAUGGAGAGCUACCUGACAGAAUGCUUAGGGCUGAAGGAGGACAUCUCAAAGAUGUACGACUCCAUGAGACGGAUGAAAACCCUGCUGAAGAAGUAUGAACUUCCCAAACUGGAGGAGGUGAACUCUUACAAACCGAAGCUGGAGAGGAUUCAUGCUGAAUUUGGCACGGCGAGCAACAAACGUAAGAGAGGAUACGAAGACGACGGCCACGUUGCAAAAGAACCACGCUUGGUAGAAGAGGAAUGGACGGAUGAAGACCUGGUAUGAGCUCCAGGGUUGUGGAAUCAAACAAGUAUUUACUUUUCUACGUGACACUGCAGCCAAUCCUGAGUUUCCCCUUUGUUGUGCAGUAAGAAUAAAGAUAUUUUUCUACAAAA